AUGCAGCAUUUCUGUAAAAGGAGCAACAGCACAAUCUUCAGCCGAGAUAGAGCAUCCAACUUGAUCCCUGUUGACCAGGAUCCACUUCAGCAGAACUUUACAGAGACGCUUCCUACAGAGAUGAGUGUUAAGAUCUUCAGUGAGCUGGACGUCAGGAGUUUGUGCCGGGCCUCGCUCACCUGCAGACUCUGGAAUGAUAUAAUCGAGGGCAGCGAUCAGCUGUGGAGGAGCCACUGUCUUACAGUGCUGGCUAUCUGCCAAAGGGAUGUGGAUGGGGACAGGCUUGCUGGGUGUUCAUGGAAGGUUACUCUUGUGCGUAACUAUAGGAAAGGCUGUGUAAAGCGGAGGUGGCUGAAGGGCCGAUACAGUAACAUCCGCUCUGCUGAUGAAAUCCCGCCUAACAGCAUGUGUCCACUGGACGUGGAGACAUGGGGAGAGAUACUAGAGGCGGAACUAGAUAGAUAGAGCAGAGAGAGGCUUUUGGGAUCCUACCAACAGACUGAAAUAUAUCAGCUGUGUCUACAAUGGAAGCACUAAGACUGAAACAUUUGCUGGGCAAAUAAUUUUAUAAUCGGUAUUGCAAAAAAGCACAAAGAGUGUGGCGGCCAAAAUACAUGAUAAUGUGGCUUUUGUUAGCAAACAUUUUAGUUGUAUUACCUUAAUUUGCUUGAGACUGUUAUGGAAAAUAAGAUUUUAUAGGUUUCAUAUGAUGGAAUCAUUUUAUAGAUGGAUGUUUUCUUCCCUCUUUUUGUAUAGAUCAACAAAACUGUGCACAUUUGGAUUUAAGUAUUGAUUUUUGUUAAUUUAUUUGAUUUUUAGAGUCACUGCCAAAAAGUGUUUUGCCUUAAAUCAUGCAACUAAUAUUAUAUCAAAGCUAAUAUAUAUUAAUGAAUAUUAUGUGUCCUAAUGCUAUACUUCCCUCUUCAGUGCUGUCCUCUUUAUCCAUUUCUGCUGCUAUCUGUAAUAUGCAAAUGUCUUUAUAAUCACAGAAUCAUUUAAAACAAUAUAGAAAAAUUGUUACAUUAAAAAACACAGUUUUUGCAGUGUAAGAUUCAUACAUACAGCAUUCAUAUAGAAAUCAGUAUGUAUGAACCAGCACUGUGGAAAUGAAAAGCCUAUUUCAUUUUUUAAAAUGAAACAAUACAGUGAAAAGAACAUUGUCUUCUCUUUUUUCUGUCUUAUCUCCGCGUAC